CGGCGUUCGGUUAAGUCUCCUGUCGCGUCCGUAAAAUAGUUCGCUGAAAUCGCGUUACGAAACAUUGGAAUAACCACAAUAACUAUUUGUCCUUCUAAAAGGUAUUGAGCUGGAAAUAAUUUCUUCAACUUAUUUUUUCCAGUAAUGUCUGCGAUGGAAGACCAGGUUGGCGAAGUACUGCUAAGAAACUGUACGAUUAUGGUACUUUCAACAGAGUUUGGACAUUCCACUGCAGAACUGGAGUCGUCCAAUUCUACCUUAUUGUUAGGCAUGCUCGGAACUAUGUUGAACACCGCCGGGCUGACCAUGCCUAAGAAGACCAUAGCCAGAGAUCGACUGCACGAUUGCGUGUACCCUGUGACAGAGCCAUCGCACAACAUCAGUUGGUGGCAUAAACUCACUUGGGUGACUUUAUUCAUAGCCAUGUUGAUAGUGGCCAUUGUGGGCAAUUUGAUCGUCAUAUGGAUUGUUCUAGCCCACAGAAGAAUGCGAACGGUGACUAAUUGUUACAUGGUCAGUUUGAGUCUUUCAGAUUUAUUCAUGGCAGCACUCAACUGCUUACCCAAUUUUAUCUAUAUGCUCAACUCGGAUUGGGCAUUUGGCCUUGAGCUAUGCAUGGCAUCUAAUUUCAUUGCAUAUUGGACAGUCGCGUCCUCAGUAUUCACAUUGGUCGCCAUUACCCUUAAUAGGUAUAUGGCUAUUGUCCAUCCGCUCCGACAUAGAAGAUCACGAACCAGGACACAGACCGUUCUUAUACUCAUAUGGGUUAUCAGUGUAUUUUUAGCAAUGCCCUGUAUUCUGUAUUCCAAUAUCAAAACCAAAAGAUACACAAAUGGUGAACUACGUAGAGCGUGCUACAUGCUCUGGCCGGACGGCAGGUAUCCCCAUUCUAAAACUGAAUACAUAUACAACAUACUGUUCCUCUGCGUCACUUACAUUAUACCACUUCUUGUGAUGUUCGUGUGCUAUACGAUCAUGGGCCGAGAAUUAUGGGGUAGCAAAACUAUAGGACAGAUGACUCAAAGGCACGUCGAGUCCAUCAAGUCGAAACGGAAAGUUGUAAGAAUGUUCGGAGUGGUAGUCUUAAUUUUCAUGUUCUGUUGGUUACCUUAUCAUUCCUACUUUGUAUACGCCUACCACAACAAAGAAAUAGUCAGCAAAGCCUACGUUCAAGAUCUGUUUUUGGCUUUCUAUUGGUUGGCCAUGUCAAACUCCAUGGUAAAUCCAAUAAUUUACUACUGGAUGAAUCCUAGGUUCAGAACAUAUUUCAAAGUAGCUUUAUGUUAUUGCGGAGGCAUGAGGAAGUGCAAACAAAGUUCUGUUGACCUGAAUGUUAUAAGAAUGAACGGAGACACGUCGCAUUACUAUUUGACUCGGUCCAAAUCAGUGGAACGGUUAACCAGGUCCAGCAUCACUGGGAGCCCAACGCUUACCGCGACAACCAGAAACUCAAGUAUUAUGUCUAUCCAGAGGCUUCAGCGAACUAGGACACUGUCAACCGAAGACGCUAGGACAUCAAUGUAAACAUCAAACCGAAAAAACUGAAGCAGAAAACAUAACACGUGGGAGACACCAAAAAUUGAAGAAUCUUUCUACAACCAUGCUUAUCUUAUCGUUGAUGAAACUAUUAUGAAUGAGAACAGACCGCUGCAUCUGCUAUUAUUGAUAAUACGGUGACGAUAAUAUCCAUUUCUGAAAUGGAUCCAUGUAACUAGAAUCUGUGUAAAUACCUGCACAUAAGUACAAACAAAAAUAU